AUGACCAUAAAUGCCGGAGUACUGCCUAUGGAGCUUCUGCAGCUCAUCGGGGAGAAUGUCGAGAAGCAACACGACCUCCUCGGUUUACGCCUCGUCUCGAAAGCAUUCAGCGUUGUGGCGACCCCUGCAGCCUUCCGCGUCCUUAUUAUACGAGAUAGUGUGGCCAGCGGUGAAUCCUUGGCAGCGCUUCAACAAUGCGGAAAGCCAUCGGUGACCCACUCGGUUUGUGAGAUUGUUUUCGAGGGAGACCCAAAAGUUCGUCCGCAAACUGUCAGCUAUUGGAGAGAUACUCCUCAGUCAGAUUAUGAAGCUCGAAGAACAUCCCUGGCAAAGUCUUUUGCGGGUUUAGGGAACUUUCCGAACCUCAGCCAUCUCAAACUCAACUUCCACGAUACGUGGGAAGAGGAAUACGAGAAUGAGCCUCCCGAGAAUCCCACUCACUUCCUUCAACUUCAACUGGAUCUAUUUGCAGUCCUCUCAGAUAACCCGGUGCCAACAAUCGUCGCUUUGACCCUACACAACAUCAUCGGGGCUCCACACGACCUCUAUCGUCAAGAACAAUUUCUGGCCAUCUUCCAUCAUCUCGACUUUCUCGAGAUCUCGAUUCUUUACGCUAAGUACAUUGAUGUCGGUGGUUACUACAUCCAAUACCCAAUUCAACUUUUCUGGCAAUCCGACAUACAUGGCAUCUUGCUCAACGCGAAUGCUGUGAAAACUCUCGUCCUUCGUAGUGACCAUCCAGUUGGCUCAGACCCGGUGCUGCCUCUGACUGAUCUGAGCUUCCCCCAACUACGCUCACUGACUCUUCAAAAAUUCUGCAUUCUUCCGCACGAUCCAACCGCUGAUGUCUUACCAUUCAUUCUUCGACACAACUCUACUCUCAUUCGUCUCGAAUUAUACGACUGUUCUGUUGAUGGAGGCGAGGACCAAUGCUAUGGCUAUCCUCGGCCUUGGCAUAUCGUGUUCAAUAUGCUCCAAUUUGGACUCGCCAAUUUGCAUCACUUUGUUCUAGAGAACGGGGAUGCGACGCCCGAGGGAGUUGACAGGCGGUUCUCGUAUACAUUUCUGCCUAACAGCGAUUAUCGCUACGCCCGACUUGGAAUGGGCCAGGACCAUGGCCUCGAUGAUGGACUGCCUGUGGAUAAUGCAGACGACUUGAAAGCACUGGAGGCAUUUCUCGCCACCCUCGAUUCCAGACAUCGAUGA